AUGCACUUGCAUCAUCUAAAUAAUCCUUCUGAUGAUUCUGAUAAGUUAAGUUUUAUUGCUUUUACAUGUGAUUGGAAGCCGGUUACUUAUUUAAAUGAAAAUGAAAAAUUUCACUAUUUUGAAUAUAACGAGAAUCAUGAGUCAACAACAUCCAUCGAGAGAAUUAAAAGAUUUAGUUUUAGCCCACCGUUUAAAGAUGCUCGCGUUAUUGGUUCGUCUAAUGGUUUGAUCUGUGUUUCUCAAGGCCCAGAGGGAACUUAUAUCUGCAACCCCAUCACAAAAGAAUAUGUUAUGCUUUCAGAAAUCAAGACAGAUUGUGACCGGCAAUAUCAUGAUUGGACGAGUGGAUUCGGUUAUGUUUCUUCAUCCAAUGAAUACAAAGUUGUAGGUAUGUAUCUAAAUAAUUGGGACCAGUAUGCAGAAAUCCACGUCUACACUCUAGGCAAUGGUGAUGGAUGGAGGAACCUUGGAAAGUUAGAUCUUGAGUUAGAGUUAAAUACAUGUCUUUGGUGUCACGGUGUCCUUGCUAGUGAAGCUCUUUAUUGGAAGGAUAAUUUUAAGGAAAUGAUUGUGACUUUCGAUUUGGCGGAAGAAAAGUUUUGUGAAAAUAUUUUACCACCUCCUUUAACACCAGAUGGUGAUUGGGAGACUAAUUUUAUAGGGGUUUUGAAUGGGAUUCUAUUUAUUGCUGCCUUUAUAAUUGCGGAAGGAAUUGAGUUUUAUGACAUAUGGCUAUUAGCAAAGAAGAAUGAUAAUCAUGACGAGGGGGAGGAACAUCAGUCCUUGGGAUGGAGUAAAGAGUUUCGGAUUGAUGAUGACGAAUCAGUGGUAGCUCUUAUGAAGAGUGGGGGUGUUUUAACUUUCGGUCACGGGAGGCUUCGUGGUCAUUAUCUCUACAUUUGUGAUCCAAAAGCUUCAACCUCGAAACCGCUUGCGGAAUUCAAGGAACGGAUUAAUCAAGUAUUCCCUCACAGGAACACAUUAGUUUCAUUGAAAGAACUAGGGGAAGAAGAAACAAAGGUAAUGGAGUCGACUCAAAUUGAAGAGACUAAAGCUUUGAUUACCCUUUGA